UUCAAAGACCAUCUACAAACAGGUGUAUAUGAGAAAAACACUGGAGCGAAACCAAAGAUAUUGAUCUGUUUUAAGUAAUCGAUCUUGUGAGAUUGUGACGACUGUAAACUUGUAUACAAGCAUCACUAAUCUGAAGUAAAAAGGGAUGUGUAUUUCCUGUAAUUAUUGUGGUGAAAACGUUAGUCAGUGUAAUGUAGCAACACGUUCUGCCCGCCAUAGGGAAAUUAGCUUAAAAUAAAUCAUGUUAAAAUAGUUCAGUAUUUCUAUUUAAGAUUACAGUAAAUUAAAUACAAUCCCCCAAAAUACAACAAUGACAUCUAUUUCUUACUAUUUUUACCAUGGAAAAGCAGUCCUAAACACUAUUUAACCGGGUGCUCUGAAGAGCUGUAAUGGUGGAAUGUCCUGUAAGAAUGACAACUACUCCUGUCUCUUGAGUUACUGCAAAUCUCCCUUAGCGUAACCAUCUCCAACCAUGCCAGACAAGGAUUGGUCACAGACAAACUAGCUGUCACUACUCAGAUGGCCUGUGGUAGCUGUGCUACUGUCUCUCCUCUCUCUUUGUUUUCCAGGCAAGUGUUUCCAGCCAUUAGUUCGUGUGAGAGUGCCAGCAGCUCCAACAGACACAGUCACUGCAAGAAAGCCGAGGUCACACAUUAUUUACACCAUUGUACCCCAAAACUCUGUAUUAAAACAUUUACUUCAACCGGAUCCUGCAAGUCAAGUCCCUCUUUAACCUUUUCAAAGUCAUCUUGCUACAGUACUAAAAAAUAACACACUGACACACUCAACUGGCAUUUGAGGGGAUACUGGUGUCAGAUUCCAAACCGACUGCCGCUGUGCCCUUGAACAAAGGCAAUUAUCCUGUUUGAUUGUGUCUAGAAAGCCCCCUCACAAAACUGAAAACGAGUGCUUAGAAAAUGACAAUGGUUGUAAACAAACCACAAACCAGAAGUUUCAUAUUGAGAACCUAAAGAAUACAUCAUUGAUACUAUUAUAAAUUGAUGAGUUUUAUUCUACAAGUGUUUGGUUUCCUUUCAUCUUCAUAGAUAAGAACUACACAUUUAUUUCAUUGCCUUAAUUAGAAAACAAACAGACAAUGCUGUUACUCUGAAUUCUGUUUGUAGUCUGUAUGCAAAUAUUCAAACUUCCUCUGUCAUAUACAGGUCUUCAAUAGACAGGGAGUGACACAUAGUUAUUACACAGACAGGACCUCAGCACCAGUCUACAGUAAAUACACAAUGUGGGUCUUGUUGCUCUUAAUUGUGACUGUAACCUCAAUAGUCUCGGGACCUUCUUGUUCAGUCAACAACAAUCCUCGUCAUAUUUAUGUCCCCGGGGACAUUGUUGUGGGUGGACUUUUUCCUGUUUACCUGCAGGUGAAAACUAAUGGAUCCACCAUUCCUCCGCAAAAGACGUGCAUUGAUUACGACGUGCAGAUGUUCCUGCGAUCGCAAGUGAUGAUUUAUGCCAUCCAAGAGAUAAACAGGUCUCAGAUGUUGCCCAAUAUCAGUUAUUCAUCAACAAGUGAGUUGCUCAGUAGGAAGUGCAAGUUCCCCUCGUUUCUGCGAACAGUCUCCAGUGAUGAGCAUCAGACCAUUGCGAUUGCUGAGUUGGUGAAGCAUCUCACCUGGGAGAGCGUGGGAGUGAUAGGCAGUGAUGAUGAGUUCGGCAAGUAUGGCGCAGAGAGGCUGAUCGAUCACUUCAAUGACAGGAAACUGUGUGUGGACUUCAAGGAGAUCCUAUCAGCCAACUUUUUACUCAACGAGACCAGAACACAAACAGAAUUGGCCAUGCUCAUGUCAAAGAUUCGCAAUUCGUCUGCAGAGGCCAUUGUCAUUUUCACAGCUGAAUUGAAUGUUAGGAUCAUCCUCAAAGAGGUCCUUAGAAUGGGGAUCAGCAGAAUUUGGAUUGCAUGUGACACUUGGGCCACCAACAAGGAGCUUUCUGAAAUACAUGAUAUUCAAAAGGUUGGGAGGGUAUUUGGAUUCAUUCCAAAGAGAAACAAGGUGCCGGGUUUUCAUGAGUACGUCCGUGACUCUAUGUUCCAAAGUAAAGCCCAGAACAGCUUUAUCCAUGAAUUUAUGUGUCAUUAUCCUCCAUGUCCCGAUUCCUUGGUAGAUGAAAGUGUGCUGAACUGUACAUUACCCGACACCAAAUCCCAGUCGGAGAGUGGUGGAAGGACAUGCCUGGACACAAGGUGCUUAUUGAAGUACAUUGACGAAGAUGAGUCCUAUUACAUCUAUCUAGCGGUCAAAGUCAUUGCUCAGGGUCUGAGAAGCCUGCUGAACUGCAACAAUGUAAGGUGUAAACGAAAUGCCAGUUUUGCUGUUUGGGAGCUUCUUGAGGAACUCAAGCGGGUUAACUUCAUAGUGGACAAUACCACACACAUAGCUUUCAAUGAAAAUGGUGACCCUACUACAGGAUAUGACAUCGUAGAGUGGAACAUGUCGGUUUCAGAAAAUCGGAUAAUAACCGUUGGAGAGUAUAAGCCUGAUGGAGCCAUCCGCAUCAGAGAGCAUCUCAUCAGAGAGUUCGAAAAUGUUACAGUGACUUUUGCCAACUGCUGUAAGACAUGUAAUCCGGGAUAUCAGUUAAUUUCAAAGAUAAACUCAUGCUGCAAGGAGUGUUCUCUCUGCAGUCGUGGAUACAUUUCUACCGGAGGUGGUAAGAAGUGCGUGGCCUGUCAUCCACAACGUGAGUACACAUCCUCAGACAUGGACAGAUGUUUGAUGAAAACCAUUGAUUACCUGGGGUGGACUGACGCUUUCACCACUGUUCUGGUCUCAUUUGAUGUCUUGGGGAUUGUUGUCAGCCUUCUGGUGGCCAUUUUGUUUGCUGUGGAUCGAAGAACACCCAUAGUGAAAUCCACUGGAGGCUACCUCAGCUUCCUGGAGCUGCUGUCCCUGCUGGCCUGCUUCUGCUGUAUCAGUAUGUUCCUGGGGGAGCCAACAAAGACCACCUGCCUGGCAGGCCUCCCACUCUUUGGCAUGGCCUUCACUGUCUGCGUCUCCUGCAUCCUGGCCAACCUGCUCCAGAUCUUUGUGGGCUUCACUUUCAAUCUGAGGGUUACAGUCGGCGACACACUGAAGCGCCUCAACCGACCCAUCGCCGUGGUAACGUGCUGCUCGGCGGUCCAGGUGGCCGUGUGCGUGCUGUGGCUGACCUACGCCCCACCGUUCAUUGUCGAAAGCAGCAGGUUCGACGAGGCCACCAUCCUUCUGGAGUGCAACAAAGGUUCCAAGAUGCUCUUUGGCGCCAUGUUGACUUACAUUGCCCUGCUGGCAGUGGUCUGCUUCCUGUUUGCGUUCAAAGGGAAGCAGUUGCCAGAUUUGUAUAAGAACGCCAGUUUUGUCUCCAUCAGCAUGAUGAUUUUCCUGGUGGUUUGGAUCGUCUUCAUCCCUGUCUACAUCAACAUGUCGGGGAAGUACCAGCAGGCCAUCGAGGCGGCGGCCAUCUUGGUGUCCAAUUACAGCGUCCUCUGUUGUCACUUUGCUCCCAAGUGCUACAUCAUGCUCUUCAGGAAAGAGCUCAACAACGAGAAUGCCAUCACAAAUUACAUCCGGAAACACUAUGAAAAGAAGGGCAUGGCUGUUGUCAGCAAAUAGUUUGUUGAUAGUAGCGAUACGAGGUAUUUGAAGCAGAUAUGUACAUGAAGGUAGGGUAAAUUGACUCGGCAUCAGGAUAGAUAAUAAUAAGGUAUUUGAGGUAGAUUUGCACAUGGAGGUAGGGUAAAGUGACAAGGCAUCAGGAUAAAUAAUAAUGAGGUAUUUGAGGUAGAUAUAUACAUGAAGGCAGGGUAAAGUGAUGAAGCAUAAGGAUAGAUAAUAAUAAUAAGAGCCUCUACAGAUGGACAAUCUGAAUUUUUCAAAGUGUGACCCAUGAUAAGACGGUCAAGCACCAGUGAUAGUUAUUGGAAGCAUUGAACUUGACAUAAACCUAUUUGCAUUAUGGGAACAUGAACCCAAGCAUUAGAGGAAUCAUUUUUCUCCAGAAUACAGUACAUACAUUAUGUCCCCCUAGCUAUGCUAUACUGAUUAGUAGUUGUUUAGAAUUUAUUUCAAAUCAAAGUUUAUUUGUCACAUGUGCCGAAUACAACAGGUGUAGUAGACCUUAUAGUGAAAUGCUUACUUACUUACUAACGAAUAGUGCAAAAAAGGUAUUAGGUGAACAAUCGGUAAGUAAAGAAAUAAAAACAACAGUAAAAAGACAGUGAAAAACAGUAGCGAGGCUAAAUACAGUAGCGAGGCAAUAAGAGUAGGGAGGCUACAUACAAACACCAGUUAGUCAGGCUGAUUGAGGUAGUAUGUACAUGUAGAUAUGGUUAAAGUUGCCAUGCAGUAGUAGAGAGAACAGUCUAUGACUGGGGUGGCUGGGGUCUUUGACAAUUUUUAGGGCCUUCCUCUGACACCGCCUGGUGUAGAGGUCUUGGAUGGCAGGAAGCUUAGCCCCAGUGAUGUACUGGGCCGUACGCACUACCCUCUGUAGUGCCUUGCGGUCGGAAGGCCGAGCAAUUGCCGUACCAGGCAGUGAUGCAACCAGUCAGUACAUCACUGGGGCUAAGCUUCCUGCCAUCCAAGACCUCUACACCAGGAUGCUCUCAAUGUUGUAGCUGUAGAACCUUUUGAGAAUAUCAGGACCCAUGCCAAAUCAUUUUAGUUUCCUGAGGGGGAAUAGGCUUUGUCGUGCCCUCUUCACGACUGUCUUGAUGUGUUUGGAUCAUUCUAGUUUGUUGGUGAUGUGGACACCAAGGAAUUUGACGCUCUCAACCUGCUCCACUACAGCCACGUCGAUGAGAAUGGGGGCUUACUCGGUCCUCCUUUUCCUGUAGUCCACAAUCAUCUCCUUGGUUACGUUGAGGGAUGGGUUGUUACUCUGGAACCACCCGGCCAGGUCUCUGACCUCCUCCCUAUAGGCUGUCUCGUCGUUGUCGGUGAUCAGGCCACUGUUGUGUCAUCUGCAAACUAAGUCAUGGUGUUGGAGUCGUGCCUGGCCAUGCAGUCCUGGGUGAACAGGGAGUACAGGAGGGGACUGAGCACGCACCCCUGGGGGGCUCCAGUGUUGAAGAUCAGCAUGGCAGAUGUGUUGCUACCUACCCUCCCCACCUGUGGGGCGGCCCUUCAGAAAGUCCAGGAUACAGUUGCAGAGGGAGGUGUUUAGUCCCAGGUUCCUUAGCUUAGUGAUGAGCUUUGAGGGUACUAUGGUGUUGAACGCUGAGCUGUAGUCAAUGAAUAGCAUUCUCACAUAAGUGUUCCUUUUGUCCAGGAGGUAAAGGGCAGUGUGGAGUGCAAUAGAGAUUGCAUCAUCUGUUGAUCUGUUUGUGCGAUAUGCAAAUAGUAGUGGGUCUAAGGUUUCUGGGAUAAUGGUGUUGAUGUGAGUCAUUACCAGCCUUUCAAAGCACUUCAUGUCUACGGACGUGAGUGCUACGGGUCUGUAGUCAUUUAGGCAGGUUGUCUUUGUGUUCUUGAGCACAGGGACUAUGGUGGUCUGCUUGAAACAUGUUGGUAUUACAGACUCAAUCAGGGACAUGUUGAAAAUGUCAGUGAAGACACCUGCCAGUUGGUCAGCACCUGCUCGGUGUAGACGUCCUGAUAAUCCAUCUGGCCCCGCAGCCUUGUGUAUGUUGACCUGUUUAAAGGUCUUACUCACGUCGGCUACGGAGAGUGUGAUCACACAGUCAUCUGGAACAGCUGAUGCUCUCAUGCAUGCCUCAGUGUUGCUUACCUCGAAGCGAGCAUAGAAGUGAUUUAGCUCAUCUAGGCUCAUGUCACUGGGCAGCUCGACUGUUCUUCCCUUUGUAGUCUGUCAUAGUUUGCAAGCCCUGCCACAUAAGACGAGCAUCGGAGCCGGUGUAGUAUGAUUCAAUAAUAGCCCUGUAUUGAUGCUUUGCCUGUUUGAUGGUUCGUAGCAGGGCAUAUCAGGAUUUCUUGUAAGCUUCCGGGUUAGAGUCCCACACCUUGACAGCGGCAGCUCUGCCCUUUACCUCAGUGCGGAUGUUGCCUGUAAUCCAUGGCUUCUGGUUGGGGUAUGUAAGUACAGUCACUGUGGGGACGACGUCCUCAGUACAGUCACUGUGGGGACGACGUCCUCGAUGCACUUGAUUGAUUGAUUUGACAUUGAUAAAGCCAGUGACUGAUGUGGUGUACUCCUCAAUGCCAUCAGAAGAAUCCAGGAACAUAUUCCAGUCUGUGCAGCAAAACAGUCCUGUAGUUUAGCAUCUGCUUCAUCUGACAAUUUUUUUAUAGACCGAGUCACUUGUUGCUUGUAAGCAGGAAUCAGGAGGAUAGAGUUGUGGUCGGAUUUACUAAAUGGAGGGCGAGGGAGAGCUUUGUACGCGUCUCUGUGUGUGGAGUACAGGUGAUCUAGAAUUAUUUUCUCUCUGGUUGCAGAUUUAACAUGUUGAUGGAAAUUUGGUAGAAGUUAUUUAAGUUUCCCUGCAUUUUACCAAAUUCCAGUGGCUUCUAUUGUUUGUUUUCUUGCACAAGAGUUUGUUAAUAACAGAUUUGUACUAAUAAUAUAUAUACUGAACAAAAAUAUAAACGCAACAUGCAACAAUUUUAAAGAUUUGACUGAGUUACAGUUUGCAUAAGGAAAUCAGUCAAUUUACAUAAGUAGGCCCUAAUCUAUGGAUUUCACAUGACUGGGAAUACAGAUAUGCAUCUGUUGGUCACAGGUACCUUAAAAAAAGUAGUGGGGCGUGGAACAGAAGACCAGUCAGUAUCUGGUGUGACCAUCGUUUGCUCCAUGCAGCACACAUUUGCUUGAUAUUGGCAGGAACUGGAACAGGUUCUCGUACACGUCAAUCAAGAGCAUCAUGUUCAAUGGCUGACAUGUCUUGUGAGUAAUGCAGGCAAUGGAACAACUGACACAUUUUCAGCUUUCAGGAAUUGUUUACAAAUCCUUGUGACAUGGGGCCGUGCAUUAUCAUCAGUGGCGACCCGUAAUUCAGGGCUGUUUUGAGCACCAGAGUUUUUGCAAAAAUUAUUAUUAUUUUUUUAAUGUUUUUGUUUUUUUGGGCUUGCCUGUUUUGCGUGUUAUUUUGUCAUUAAUACUUGUGUAGUAAAACGCCAAAUGGAUCUACCUCCUGGUCCUCUUCCCCUGUCUUACCCACCAAGGGUAGAGACAGAGAUGACCUCGCCUACUGAAAUACCGGAUUGGGCAAAGCCACCAGAAGACGACUCAAGCCAACCAAUUACUGGACCUGACUGGUGUCAGGAAGAAUCACCCUCUGCCUCAAGUGACACCUCUGAAUGGGAACAGCUGAUAGACUCAUUGCUGAUAGAGUAAGGGCACUGUCAUAACCAGAGGCCCAUAUAUGCACUGUAAGAAAAGUAUUUCCUGUUGUAAGAUAUGUCAUCACCCUCUCUGCUCUGAGGGAAUGGGAGGAGCAGCAGAUCGGGUGCAGAGAAUCAAAAGGUAUAUAAAGAGACAUUUGCCAUUACUUUGGCGCUGACUUCUUGAAUUCUGAAUUCAUUUAGACAACCAUUUGACUUCGGGUAAUUGCCACUUGACUCAAAUUACUUAAAGAUGCUAACUUGCUGGAUACCAGGGUAAGAGUCCGUUUACCUAUCGACCAGUUGACCCUGUGUGCAGCAUACCGUUGGACCGAGUGUACCGUUGUGCCAACGUCUUAAUUGACCAGGAACACUGUAGCACCGGCCGGGUUGCUUGCCCCAGACACGGCGGUAGAUCAACGGCAGAAUUACCACCUGCUGAGAACGGUUGGAAAGUUGUUCGAAUUGACUCUGUCUCCGACUGACCCAGUGACACGUGUACUGUUGUAGCACAGUGCCUUGCCCUGGAAUCGCGGUUGCAGGUUAUUUGACAAUACUAUCCAGCCUGAGGGCAGGUUAGAGUACUCAGGCUAACUUGAAUCUCGAAAUUUAGUUGAACCAACGAUUCCUCAUGGGAGAGAUCGAUACAUAAACUAAAUUCUCAGAACUCUGACCGAUUGAAACUCCGCUCCUGAUCUCGUGGGUCUCCUCGUCAUCUCUCAAAGGUAAUUAAAUAACUAUUAUAAGCAUUUAAUAUAGAGAUAAGUGUUAUCAUUGUACCAAGCAUUUUAUAGAGCAUUAAGGCAAUUGCAUGUUUUUGAUUAACGCUGUGUGUGACCGAGUAACAAAUUGUGUAUUUUGAAGUGUGUUUGAUUGUAAAAGACAAAAAACAGAGUGUUUUCAAAAAUAAACGGUAGUCUUAUUUUGUCUCGAGCAAAAGGUUCUCUCAAAGACAGUUAACGGCACGGGAGAUAACAACUCUGACACUCCCCGCUACCGGGACACUGGAAACGGGGAUCAAUGCUCUAUGACAGAAUGAGUUACUAUUAAAAGACAAA